UGUCCUAGCUAUCGUUCUUCUCUUUCUCAAAUUUACACACAUAAUACACUACUCAUCAUCGAGACACAGAUCUAAGGGAGAACUGAAAAACCCCUCUCGAUGCGAUUUGGUCUCUCCUCUUUGAUCUAAUCAGAUCUAAGUGAUUUGAGGGGAGGGUUUUUUGUUGCUUAGAAAAUAUGUUGACGAAGUUUGAAACGAAGAGUAAUAGAGUGAAAGGACUGAGUUUCCACAGUAAGAGACCGUGGAUCCUUGCGAGUCUACACAGUGGCGUGAUCCAGUUAUGGGACUACCGAAUGGGAACGCUAAUUGAUAGAUUUGAUGAGCACGACGGGCCUGUUCGGGGAGUUCAUUUCCACAAAUCUCAGCCUCUAUUUGUCUCUGGAGGCGAUGAUUAUAAGAUUAAAGUUUGGAACUACAAGAUGCAUAGGUGCCUGUUUACACUUCUUGGUCACCUUGAUUACAUCCGUACUGUGCAGUUCCAUCACGAGUACCCCUGGAUUGUGAGUGCCAGUGAUGAUCAAACCAUUCGUAUUUGGAACUGGCAGUCACGAACUUGUAUUUCUGUGUUGACUGGUCACAAUCACUAUGUCAUGUGUGCCUCAUUCCAUCCUAAAGAAGACCUAGUGGUUUCCGCCUCUCUAGAUCAGACUGUUCGCGUUUGGGAUAUUGGUGCCCUGAGAAAGAAGACAGUGUCCCCUGCUGAUGACAUACUGCGGUUGAGUCAGAUGAAUACAGACCUUUUUGGGGGGGUAGAUGCUGUUGUUAAAUAUGUCUUGGAAGGCCAUGAUCGAGGAGUCAACUGGGCUGCAUUCCAUCCCAACCUUCCCUUGAUUGUCUCAGGAGCAGAUGAUCGACAAGUGAAAUUGUGGCGUAUGAAUGACACAAAGGCUUGGGAAGUUGACACUUUGAGAGGACACAUGAAUAAUGUGUCAUGUGUUAUGUUCCAUGCCAAACAGGAUAUCAUUGUUUCAAAUUCAGAAGACAAAAGCAUUCGUGUUUGGGAUGUAACUAAACGAACUGGAGUUCAGACUUUCCGUCGAGAGCAUGACCGGUUCUGGAUCCUUGCAUCUCACCCGGAGAUGAAUCUCCUUGCUGCAGGCCAUGACAGUGGCAUGAUUGUCUUUAAGUUAGAGAGAGAACGGCCUGCCUUUGCAGUCAGUGGUGACUCAUUGUUCUAUGCUAAAGAUCGCUUUCUGCGGUUCUUUGAGUUUUCAACUCAAAGGGAUACUCAAGUCAUUCCCAUUCGGCGACCUGGUACCACCAGCCUGAAUCAAAGUCCAAGGACACUUUCUUACAGUCCUACAGAAAACGCUGUUCUUGUUUGCUCAGAUGUGGAUGGUGGAUCUUAUGAGUUGUAUGUCAUACCUAAAGACAGCAUUGGUAGGGGUGAUACUGUGCAGGAGGCAAAGAGGGGUGCUGGGGGAUCAGCCAUCUUUGUGGCUAGGAAUAGGUUUGCAGUGCUUGACAAAAGCAGUAACCAAGUCUUGGUCAAAAACCUGAAGAAUGAGGUUGUUAAAAAGAGUGGUCUCCCCAUUGCUGCAGACGCAAUAUUCUAUGCUGGAACAGGUAACUUGCUUUGCAGGGCAGAGGACAGAGUAGUCAUAUUUGAUCUCCAGCAAAGGCUUGUUCUUGGAGAUCUUCAGACGCCUUUUGUGAAGUAUGUUGUUUGGUCUAAUGACAUGGAAAGCAUUGCCUUGCUCAGCAAACAUGCCAUCAUCAUUGCUAGCAAGAAGCUUGUGCACCAGUGCACACUUCAUGAGACAAUCCGUGUAAAGAGUGGAGCCUGGGAUGAUAAUGGUGUUUUCAUUUAUACAACUUUAAAUCACAUAAAAUACUGUCUUCCUAAUGGUGAUAGUGGUAUAAUUAGAACUCUUGAUGUCCCAAUAUACAUUACAAAGGUUUCUGGAAACACCAUAUUUUGCUUGGAUCGGGAUGGAAAGAGUAGAGCUAUUGUCAUUGAUGCAACAGAAUAUAUCUUCAAACUUUCUCUCUUGAGGAAGAGGUAUGACCAUGUUAUGAGCAUGAUUAGGAACUCUCAGCUUUGUGGGCAGGCAAUGAUUGCCUAUUUACAACAGAAGGGUUUUCCUGAAGUUGCUUUGCAUUUUGUGAAAGAUGAGAGAACUCGAUUUAAUUUGGCCCUUGAGAGUGGAAAUAUUCAAAUAGCUGUUGCUUCAGCGAAGGAAAUUGAUGAGAAAGAUCACUGGUAUAGAUUGGGGGUGGAAGCUCUUCGCCAAGGUAAUGCAGGUAUAGUUGAAUAUGCCUAUCAGAGGACCAAAAAUUUUGAGAGGUUAUCUUUCUUGUAUCUCAUAACCGGAAAUCUGGAAAAGCUUUCUAAAAUGCUGAAAAUUGCUGAAGUAAAGAAUGAUGUUAUGGGUCAGUUUCACAAUGCCCUUUAUUUGGGUGAUGUGCAAGAACGCGUGAAGAUCUUAGAGAGUGCCGGCCAUUUGCCACUUGCUUAUAUAACUGCUAAAGUCCAUGGGCUGGAAGAUGUUGCUGAACGUCUAGCUGCUGAAUUAGGAGAAAAUGUUCCAUCGUUACCUGAGGGUAAAGCGCCUUCCCUUCUGAUGCCUCCAGCUCCCAUUAUGUGUGGUGGUGAUUGGCCACUUCUGAGAGUCAUGAAAGGUAUAUUUGAAGGUGGACUGGAUAAUGCUGGUAGAGGUGGUGUUGAUGAAGAUGAAGAGGCUGCUGAAGGUGAUUGGGGUGAGGAACUGGAUAUGGUUGAUGUGGAUGGCUUGCAAAAUGGAGACAUUACAGCUAUUUUGGAGGAUGGGGAAGUGGCUGAAGAAAAUGAAGAGGAGGGAGGAUGGGAUCUUGAAGAUUUGGAGCUCCCACCUGAGGCAGACACACCAAGGGCCUCUGUCACUACUCGCUCCUCAGUUUUUGUUGCUCCAACUCCUGGUAUGCCAGUAAGCCAGAUUUGGAUCCAAAGAUCAUCACUUGCUGCCGAACAUGCUGCAGCUGGCAAUUUCGAUACAGCUAUGCGAUUGCUCAACAGGCAACUUGGUAUUCGGAAUUUUGCUCCACUGAAAUCCAUGUUUCUUGAUCUUCAUUCAGGUAGCCAUACCUUUUUACGUGCAUUUUCAUCGACUCCAGUGAUAUCUCUAGCAGUUGAACGAGGUUGGAAUGAGUCUGCUAGCCCUAAUGUGAGGGGGCCUCCAGCAUUGGUAUUUAAUUUCUCUCAGUUGGAAGAGAAGCUAAAGGCUGGUUACAAAGCCACAACAACUGGGAAAUUCACUGAGGCACUUCGACUCUUCCUCAGCAUUCUUCAUACGAUUCCUUUAAUUGUUGUUGACUCAAGGAGGGAGGUUGAUGAAGUCAAGGAGUUGAUUAUUAUUGUUAAAGAAUAUGUUCUGGGUCUGAAGAUGGAGCUCAAAAGGAGGGAAAUGAAAGACAAUCCAGUGCGCCAGCAGGAACUAGCCGCCUACUUCACCCACUGCAACCUUCAAAUGCCUCAUUUAAGGCUUGCUUUGUUAAAUGCAAUGACAGUUUGCUACAAGGCGAAGAACCUUGCCACUGCAGCUAACUUUGCUAGACGGCUAUUGGAGACAAAUCCCACAAUUGAGAACCAGGCAAAGACGGCCAGACAAGUUUUGCAGGCUGCAGAAAGGAAUAUGACAGAUGCCUCGGAGCUAAAUUAUGAUUUCAGAAACCCAUUUGUGACGUGUGGCGCAACAUAUGUUCCAAUUUACCGAGGACAAAAGGAUGUCUCUUGCCCAUAUUGUAGUUCACGGUUUGUGCCUAGCCAGGAAGGUCAGCUGUGUACUGUUUGUGAUCUAGCAGUUGUUGGUGCAGAUGCUUCAGGAUUGCUCUGCUCUCCUUCCCAGAUACGAUAAUUGAGACGCUGAACUUAGAAGAUUUUCCAGCUCAUCUUAUUGGCAGCAGAAGAGGUCAACUUGAUUGUUUCUUGUGUGCUAGAGAAAAGGUAAGAGAGAUUAUAGAAGAGUUUAAGUACCCAGUGAAUUUGUUUGUGCCGUCUUUUCUUUUUACAUUCUAUUUUUUUGCCUUUUUCCCUUAAUCUUCUUUGCCUCCUUUUUACUUGGUUGAUUAUGAUUUUCAAUGUAAUAAACAACUUCAGAAUUUUGACUUUUAGGCUAUUCUUGUUAGUUGUUCAUAGACAAGAAUGGUCAAGGGCUCUUGUUAAAUUAGAUGAUCUUUAUUGGCAGGACAAACUAUAUAUCAAUAUCAGUGUAUUCAAGAUUCCAUGCCAUUUGGCUAAUUUGCUUUUCUAGUGGUGAAUUGGGGAUUCUCUUA